AAUGGAAGGGACGGAAUGGAUAGUCAUUAUAGUCACUAUCAUUCACAUUAUUCUGGCACCAGGAACAAAAGUUGAAGAAUCAUUUAAUGUUCAAGCAACUCACGAUUUGAUGUUUCAUCUUCCUACUAAUCUUAGCAAUUAUGAUCACUCACAGUUCCCUGGUGUCGUUCCACGAACAUUCAUUGGUCCAAUCAGUCUUGCAAUCCUAUCUUCUCCGAUGUCAUUUAUCUUCAGAUUCUGGGCAAUUCCAAAAAUGUGGCAGCUACUUCUUAUCCGCGCAACUCUUGGAUUGAUGAAUGCGAUGGCGUUUCUCUACUUUGCUCGAUCCGUUAAUCGAAAAUUUGGAAGAGAAACUGCAAUGUAUCUACGAUUGAUUAUGUGCACUCAAUUUCAUUAUAUUUUCUACAUGUCACGCCCACUUCCAAACACAUUUGCAUUGAUUCUUGUAAUGAUUGUAUUCGAGAGGCUAUUAGAAGGAAGAUAUGAAAGUGCUGUCAGAUAUGCUACAGCUUCAGUGAUCCUGUUCAGAUGUGAACUUGUCCUUCUUUACGGCCCCAUUUUCUUGGGAUACAUGAUUUCUGGACGUCUCAAAGUAUUCGGAUUCGAUGGUGCAAUAGCUAUCGGUGUUCGAAUUGCAGCAAUGUGUCUAGCUGUCUCCAUUCCAAUCGAUUCCUAUUUUUGGGGACGACCUCUUUGGCCAGAAGGAGAAGUCAUGUUCUUCAAUGUCGUUGAGAACAGAAGCCAUGAAUAUGGUACGCAACCAUUCUUAUGGUAUUUCUAUUCUGCUCUUCCACGAUGUCUACUCACCACUACAUUGCUUGUUCCUCUGGGUCUUUUGGUAGAUCGCAGACUUCCACAAAUUGUACUUCCAAGUGUCAUCUUCAUAUUCCUCUACAGUUUCUUACCACACAAAGAACUCCGAUUUAUCAUCUACGUUCUGCCAAUCUUCUGCCUUUCAGCGGCAGUUUUCUGUGCUAGAAUGCUCAUUAACAGACAUAAGUCGUUCUUCCGUAUGAUUCUAUUUUUCGGAGUCAUCCUUCAUUUACUCGCCAAUGUUCUAUGCACUGGAAUGUUCUUGCUUGUUGCUUCAAAGAAUUAUCCAGGAUUUGAUGCACUCAAUUAUCUACAAUUUCAAAAUCGAUUCGAUGCAAAGAAACCUGUAACAGUGUAUAUUGAUAAUGCCUGUGCACAAACUGGAGUUAAUAGAUUUCUACAUAUCAAUGAUGCUUGGACGUACAACAAGACGGAAAAUCUGAAGCCCGCUGAUCUCGAAAACUUCGAUUUCCUUGUUCUCGGCACAUAUGGCAACACGUUGAAGACAGAAGUAGAGUCAAAGUUCGUGACGUGGCAUCGACCGUUGUUCUUCGUCAACUCAUUCCACCAGUAUAAGAUCAAAAAGAGCAGACAAUUUCCAUGGAUUUAUCCCGAAAUCAUAUACACCGAGAAGGCAGUGGUGUUGAAGAAUAGGAAUUAUAAAUAGUUUUUUUUUGUGCAGGUUCAUAUUUUUUAAGCUGAAACUAUGUAUUGUCUUGAAGGAGAAAGAGGGGUUUAAUUAUAUGGGUUUUUCUAUUUUUUUAUUCAAUUAUACGGUGUCUAGGUCGACAGUUCAUUUUGAUCUCUCUUUUUUCCUUCUCACUUUCUUUUGCUAUUCACUUGUCUAUAUUAUGUAUUCAAAUUGUUCUGUGAUUCUAUACUUUUUCCGAUUAAUUUAUUAUGAAUAUAUGUAACUCAAUUUUCAACGCAAUAAGGCACAAUUGGUGAAUAAAUGGGCUUUUGAGGUGGGGGUGGGGGGACUUUCAAACUGUAUAUAUUUUUCGGUGGGCUUUUUCUAGAACUUUUUUUUUCUCAAAAUGCGGAACCAAUAUUGUUAGUAUUUCAAGUAUCACAGUGAAUGUAUAUG